CGCAUGCUCCCUGCAUCCCCUCCAUCCAGCAGGAUUAGAAGCCUCGGCUGAAGAUGCUCUGGGCGCAUCGGGUCGCUGGUCGCUUGCCACCGGCUGCACACUGACUCGUCCGGAGGAGCGCAGACAGAGCGGAGAAGGCGGCAGAUUUCACCCGAAGGUUCUCACUCGCUUCGCCGGAUCUUUCUCCUUUCCCCUCCCUUCCUCUCGCCUCCAACAUGGAGAUGAAGAAAUCUUUCUCGGACACCGAGCGAGCGCUCCGGAGCUACGGCGCCGUGUCGGAAACGGCGUGGACGACGGACAAAGGUCACUCGGACGUGUCCAUGGCGGAGAGCACCAUGUCUCCGGAGGAGAUCGAGGUGGAGAUGGCUCGCAUCCAGCGCCUGCGGGAGGUCCUGGUGCGCAGGGAGUCGGAGCUGCGCUUCAUGAUGGAUGACAUACAGCUCUGCAAAGACAUCAUGAGCCUGAAGCAGGAGCUGAGACAAAUUGUUUCCAUAUCAGAGAAAGAAAAGAACAAGAAGCAGAAGCAGCGGGAGGAGGAGCUGAUCCUGAAGAUCCAUAAACUGGUGCAGAAAAGGGAUUUCCUGGUGGACGACGCUGAGGUGGAAAGAUUAAGGGAGAAGGAGGAGGACAAGGAGAUGGCGGAGUUCCUCCGGCUGAAGCUCAGGCCUCUGGAGCAGAAACUCAAAGCAACAGCGAAUCCUCCAAAGCCCAAGCGACAGAUCCCAGAGCCGCCUCCCAACAAGCCGUUCAUCACCAAGUCGGGAGCGGCCAUCAUCAAGGACUGCUGCGGAGCCACCCAGUGUGCUGUGAUGUAACCGACCUCUGUAACGACCGCCGCAAACCCUCACGUCACAUGAACCAGUCACUUCCUGUUUCUCAGACACCCACAGAGAGCGGCACUCGCCCUUGAAGCCUGUUCAGAAAUCAGAUCCAUUUCCUAACGGCAGGCGCGUGGGGGGACUGAUCCCUGAUCAGUACUCAAGGGGGGGGGGGGGGGAAAUAAUCAUCUCCCAGGACUGUACAUGAACUAAACAUAGCUGUAAAUAAAGUCGGAUAACUGUACGGUUGAUGUAUUUACGCAGAGGCAGACCGGGUCAUUCCUGGAUUGCGUUCCCUUAAAGUGGGGAUGUGUCCGAUUGGAGAAAACAAACCCCUAAAAGCACAAUAUCCAUUGCAUCAAUAAUUAAUUGGGGUUCUGUGACAUGAACACAAAGCCUCCCUUCACUUAUGGCAUCAGCCUUCAUUCAUCCGGAGCAUCUCUGCUUCUCAGGAGCUCAGAAACUCUCUUUUCCUACUAUUUAUCCCAGUGUGUGAAGCUGAAUGGUUCUGAAGAGCAAAUUUGGUCCAUUAUCCAUUGUUUAAAAGGUCAGUUUGCGUUGGAUACUUUUGUACAUUAAGGAGUUUACAAGCGAACAUUCUCUGCAGUAGCAAAUAAAAAAUAAAUAAAAAAGAGCUUAGAAAUGUUCAAACACAUGUAAGAAUAACUGACCGGGUGAAAAUGCAUACAUCAGUGUGAAUGCUGGAUCCAAUCAGACUUCAUGCCAGUCUGCAAAAAUUAUUGUGGUGAGUUUAUUAAGCAUCUAUGAACGUCGAUUCCAAUAACUUCCUCUUGAGAUAAUCAGUUAUUUAUCUCAUGGUCUCGAUUGUUAAAGAGCUUUUUUUUUUUCCUCACAAAAACUGUUUUAUCUCAAUGUUGGAGGAUAACGGAGCUCGUUUUGUCAUGAAAUCAUCUAUGCUCCUUUGCCGUAGUGUUUCGUUUCAACUUGUUUCAGUAGGAAAGAUUAAUCCUCUUCUGUCUUCGUUCUUCUUUGUCCUGCUGAAAUGUUUCCGAUUAACCAGAGUAAAUACAAAGAGCAGAUUUCAUAUAAUGAUUUCUGUAUUAAGAGAAAAAGUCUCAAUGAUGUGGAAAAACAAAUGCCCCCUAAAUGUAAUAACUCACUGCACCCUUUGCAGCAACUACAGCCGUCAUGCAUUUGCAAAAAAUGAGUCUUUAUCAUAGUGGUGGAGGAGUUUUAGUCCACUCUUCUUUGCAGAAUUGUUGAAAUUCAGCCACAUUGGAGUGUUUUCAGUUUUGCAUCUUUACCCCAUCAGCAUUGGAUUGGUUGGAUUGAUUCCUGACUUUGACCAGGCUCCACAACCUUCAUUGUUAUUUCUUGAGGCACUUACAAGACACUUUUUUUCUUAUAGAUUGAAUGGAGGAUGUGUUGCAGUUUAAGCCCUAUUAGGCUCCUUUGUGUUGCCAGACAAGUUUCAUUUAAGCAAUUUCUUACAGUUCUGGUGGUAAAGAGGCCUCAUCUUAUUUUAUUUUUAGAAACUCAGCUUUACAAAAAAACUGGCUAAUGAGAAUCACUUCAUGAUUUAGCAAAGUAAUUCACUCAUUCCACUGGAUUGGACAGAAUAUUACCCCU